AUGGCUUCCGCCAAUUGCACCGUCGCCGCCUCAUCCCUGCACCUCUCCUGCUCCGCUCGUCAAUCCGCGCUCACAUCACUCGCGUCCCCCUCGCCCUCUGCGCACCCCGCGGCCAUCGCCGCCAUCUCCUCCCUCGCCGCGUCUCGCCGAACCGCUUUUCUGCCCGCCCCUGCUCUCACAGCGCCGCGACAACACCGUCCUACGCGCGCCCGACGGGCUGUACGCGUUAUGGCGAGUCAAAGCGAAAAGCGCGCGCUCAUUUCUGUCUCCGAUAAGACGGGACUCGAUACGCUCGCCAAGGGGCUGCUGGAUCUCGGCUUCACGCUGGUGUCGACGGGCGGCACGGCGAAAGCUAUUGAGGAGGCGGGGCUGCCCGUGACUACGGUGGAUCAGAUCACCAACUUUCCUGAAAUGCUGGACGGGCGAGUGAAGACGCUGCACCCGGCGGUGCACGGAGGCAUUCUGGCUCGGCGCGGCCUGCCCGCGCACAUGGACGCACUUGCUGCCCACAACAUCGGCCCCAUAGACGUGGUGGCGGUGAAUCUAUACCCGUUUGUGGCGACGGUGACGGCGCAGGGCGGUGCGUCCCUAGAGAAGGGCAUUGAGAACAUCGACAUUGGCGGACCCACCAUGAUCCGCGCCGCUGCUAAGAACCACGAGAACGUGUGGGUGGUGGUGGACCCCGCUGACUAUGCGUCACUGCUGGCCGCGCUCAAAGAGGGCAAGGGCAAGGGCGAGGGCGAGAGUGAGGAGGCGUUGAGGAGGCGCCUGGCGUGGAAGGCGUUUGAACACACGGCGUCGUACGAUGCUGCCGUGUCCGAGUGGCUGUGGGCGCAUGCACAGCCCACGACGGAUGAGUUCGCCCCGCCACCGGCCCUGGCUGUGCCACUCUCCCUGUCAGCCGUGCUGCGCUACGGCGAGAACCCCCACCAGCGCGCCGCCUUCUAUGCCGAUGACUCUCUGGGGGAGCGCGGCAAGGGCGGCAUUGGCACCGCCGUGCAGCACCAUGGCAAGGAGAUGUCAUACAACAACUAUCUGGACGCGGACGCGGCCUGGCAGUGCGUGUGGGAGAUGCCCACAGCAGCCUGCGUGGUCGUCAAGCACACCAACCCCUGCGGCGCCGCCACCGUCACCCUCCCCCCCUCCGCCUCCCCGGAAGAGCAAGAAGCAGCCCUCCUCGAGGCCUACCGUGCCGCAGUCCGCGCCGACCCCGUGAGCGCAUUCGGUGGCAUCGUGGCCUUCAACCGCCCGGUAACCGCCGCCCUCGCACGCGAGCUGAGGGAGUUUCGAUCCCCCACGGACGGCGAGACGCGCAUGUUCUACGAGAUUGUGGUGGCUCCAGGCUACACGGAGGAGGGCCUGGCGGUGCUGAAGGGGAAGAGCAAGGCGCUGCGCAUUCUGGAGGCGCAGGCGAGCAGCACGGGCAGGCGGUCGCUGCGGCAGGUGGGGGGCGGGUGGCUGCUGCAGGACUCGGAUGACGUUGAUGCUGAUGACCUCACGCUCACUGUGGUCACCAAGAAGCAGCCCAGUGAAGCAGACCUGGAGAAUGCACGGUUUGCGUGGCGGGUGGUGAAGCAUGUGAAGAGCAACGCCAUCACCAUCGCCAAGGACGGGCGGCUGCUGGGCAUGGGGAGCGGGCAGCCCAACAGGGUGAAGAGUGGGCAGAUCGCGUUGGAGAAGGCAGGCGACGAGGCCAAGGGCGCUGCUGUCGCCAGCGAUGCCUUCUUCCCCUUCGCGUGGGGAGAUGCAGUGGAGGCGGCGUGUGAGGCAGGUGUGUCGGUGAUAAUCCAGCCGGGCGGCAGUGUGAGGGAUCAGGAUGCCAUCGACUGCUGUGACAAAUACGGUGUGGCCAUGGUCUUCACCAACGUGCGCCACUUCCGCCACUAG